AUUUGUGCUAUAAAUUAUUUAUUAUGGUUAUAUUACGAAUAUUAUUUUUGUUAUUAUUAAUAAAAAAAAAAAUGAAUAAAUUAUUGACUACAUCAAUUAAAGAAGUAAGUCAAAAAAUAAGUAUUGGUGAUGUAUGUCCGUCUGACAUUACAAAAGCCUCUGUUAAAGUUACAUCGAUCAUUAAACCUUUAAAUGCUUACAUUACUGUUACUGAUGAAAUAGCGAAGAAACAUGCUAAAAGUUCAGAUUUACGACAAAAAAAUCAUAACUUAUUAGGAAGACUUGAUGGAAUUCCUAUUGCAAUUAAAGAUAAUUAUUGUACAAAGGAACAUUUAACAACUUGUGCAUCAAAGAUGUUAUCAAAGUUUAUUCCUCCAUAUAAUGCUACUGUAUAUCAGCGUUUAAAAGAUGCUGGAGCAGUAUUAAUUGGUAAAACUAAUCUUGAUGAAUUUGCUAUGGGUUCUGGAACCAUUGAUUCAUAUUAUGGACCAACUAAAAACUUAUGGAAUUCAGAUGUGUUAACAAAAUUUUAUUCCUGUGAUAAACAUAUAGAAUAUAUAAAACAAAAUACAGAUACAAAUUUAUGGCAUAUAGCAGGUGGUAGUAGUGGUGGUUCUGCAGUGGCUGUUAUAAGUGGAAGUUGUUAUGGAGCAAUUGGUUCUGAUACUGGAGGUUCAACAAGAAAUCCAGCAUCUUAUUGUGGUUUAAUUGGAUUAAAACCUACUUAUGGUUUGGUAUCACGUUAUGGACUUAUUCCUCUUGUAAAUUCAAUGGAUGUACCUGGUAUUCUUACAAGAAAUGUUGAUGAUUCUGUAUUAAUAUUGAAUACUAUAGCUGGUCCAGAUAAAUUUGAUUCUACUUGUUUACAAAAAGAAUAUAUACCAUUUGAAAUAGCAGAUACAAUAAAUAUUAGCAAUCUUAGAAUUGGAAUACCAAAAGAAUAUAAAGAGAAAAAUUUAAGUCCUGAAAUACAAAAAUGUUGGGAUGAAGUUUCUCAAUAUUUGAGAGAAGGUGGUGCAUCACUUUUUACAGUAUCAUUGCCAUAUACCAAUUAUUCUAUAAUGUGUUAUACAGUUUUAAAUCGUUGUGACAUUGCUAGCAAUCUUGCUUGUUAUGAUGGUAUAGAAUAUGGUUACAGAUCAAAUGAAUGGAAUUCUGUGUAUGAUAUGUAUAAAAAAACGAGAUCUGAAGGUUUUGGUAAAAUAGUUAAAGAACGUAUUUUGGUUGGAAAUUAUUUCUUAUUGGAAGAAAAUUAUGAAGAGUAUUAUGUUAAAGCAAUGAAAAUAAGAAGAUUAAUUUCAGAAGACUUCAAUGCAGUAUGGAAUAAUAAUAUUGAUCUUUUACUUACGCCUACCACUUUGACAGAAGCUCCUAGAUAUAAUGAUUUUACUUCAAUGGAUAAUCAGACACAGUGUUCAAUUCAAGAUUAUUGUACACAACCUGCUAAUAUGGCAGGUAUACCAGCUGUUAAUAUACCAAUUAAACUUUCUAAAAAUAAUUUACCUUUAUCCUUACAACUUAUGGCAUCUCCUUUCAAUGAGAAAAUACUUCUUACAGUAGCAAAAUGGAUUGAACAAAGAGUACAGUUUCCAAAACUCGAAUUAAAGGAUAUUUAUUUGUUAGAAUAAAAUAUUUUUAUACAAA